GUAACAGCAUCCGUCGUGAGUGGUACAUUGCAGCUCCACCGGCCCAGUGACCCACCACUUGCUGCCUGAUUCACUUAAACCGGCUCCAUUUUCCUUGCCGGAGCCAUCAGCAGUGGAAGACUCACAGGGAAAUAUACCUGUCGUAUUGAAUCAGUGACUGGAUCAAUCAAUCGGUGUGGAAAUGUUGAAGCUUUAUGUUUUUGGGGGUGCCGUGCCCCGCCCCUGGGUGCGUGUCCGAGGUUGAGGUUUGGCGGGGGCGGCCUGCUCAUCACCACAACAACGAUACCAAGUGCCGUGGACAGCAGCAGGUCGUGGGCGCGGUGGCUGUUGGUCCGUUGCGUGGAGCUCGCGUGACCCGUGUCGGCACAACAAAGUGAGAGCGAACACAAGCCUGGCCGUUCAGCAACAAUAGUGAGGGGCGGAGUGUGAGUGGCAUAGUGUGUGUGUGUGUGUGUGUGUGUGUGUGUGUGCGUGUGCGUGUGCGUGUGUGUGUGUGUGUGUGUCGUUUAGUGUGUGGCGGCGCUGUGCUCACCAUGCCGCGGCGCCCAGCCAUGGACAGCUUGUGACACCGUGAACACCACCACGUCCUGGAGUUGCUGGCGUGAUGCCUGGUGACCUGCAGUGAGCACCAUGGAAGACGACGGUGACGGCAAACUCAUCGCGGAGGACGAGGUGAAGUGGGAGGUGCGUGAGGCUGGUGACAAUCCCGAGGCGCCCGAGCUGUGCCCGCGCCUCAUGGUGGCCAGGAAGAGCCUCACUCGGUGCAAAGGCGUGGAGGAGUCCUUCGAGGGCGAGAAUGACCCCUGCCUCCCUAAGGAACAAGGAGAGACCUACGAGAAUGAGAGCUUCGAGGACCCUUCCUGCCAAGGCAGUAUUAAUACCACCCGGUCUCCUGACUCCCUCAGGGUCUCCAAGCGCGCCUCCAGUCCCGGGGCGACGUCCACCAAAGCCAGCCAGGGAGAGACGGAGAGCCUCACCCCACACUCCCCCGCCACGCCCCACACGGACAAGGGCAGCAGCUGCCGCAGCAGUGUAAGCAGCGCUGACGGGGUGGAGUCUGGCCAGGUGGAUGCCGAUGGCUUUGAUGACAUCUCGGCGUCCAUGAGUGUUAUUCGCAUGGAAAAAUUUGCUUUGGAGAAGCGUCGCGUGUCGCGCAUCCUGCCUAAGUGUCUCCACCGGACCUUUGUGGACAAGGAUGUGGAGCAGUUGUUCCAAACGUAUCACGAGAGACAGCGCCGCACCGACCUGCACGUCCUGCUGGGUGUCGGUGUCACCUUCACCGUCUACAGCGCCGCCAUGUGUGUUCUGGGUGGCGUGGGGCCGCUGCUGCCCGCGCCCCUCGCCCUGGCGGCAGUCGGCAUCCUCAUGCUGCUGUUGAUGCUGCUGUGUCGAUUACACGUGUUCCCUGAGCGAUCCUGGACCUUCCUUCCCUAUCUGGCGUGGGCGCUCUUCUUGUCGGCCGUGGGCGUGUUCGUGUUUCUGGGCCUGCCCACGCCCGUACCACGCCAGGCCCUAAUGUGGCUCAUCCUGCUACACUUCAUGCUGUUUGUGGGUCUGCCUAUCCGCCUCCCCGCCUGCCUCCUGUUGACCUCUUUCACUGCCGCCGCACACCUUGCCAGCUCCGCCCUCCUCGUACCCGAGGGACAACGCCUCACCCUCCAGGUGUGUGCCAGCCUGGUGCUGCUGUCCGCAGCCACGCUGCUCGGCCUCAUGUCCUACUUCUUCGCUGACAAGAAACAUCGCCGCGCCUUCCUGGAGACGCGACAAUCCCUGGAGGUGAAGAUGGUCAUCGAGGAGCAGUCCAAGGAGCAGGAGCGGCUGUUACUCUCCGUCCUGCCGCAGCACGUCGCCGAGACCAUGAGGCAGGACCUGGGGCGCGGCGGCGAUGGGCAGUUUAAGAAGAUCUAUAUGAGCCGCCACGAGAAUGUAAGCAUACUGUUCGCUGACAUCGUGGGCUUCACCGCUAUCUCCUCCACCUACACGGCCUCGGAGCUUGUGAAGAUGCUCAACGAACUCUUUGCUCGAUUUGACGGUCUGGCAGAGAAGUACGACCAGCUGCGCAUUAAGAUCCUCGGGGAUUGCUACUACUGUGUGUCCGGCGCCCCGAAGGAAAGGAGUGACCACGCCGUGAACUGUGUGCAUAUGGGCCUCUCCAUGAUCGACGCUAUCAAAUACGUGCGGGAGACUACGGGGUGUACGGUGGACAUGCGAGUCGGCAUUCACACAGGGGCGGUGCUGGCGGGGGUGCUAGGACAGAGGCAGUGGCAGUUCGAUGUGUACAGCAAGGACGUGGUGCUCGCCAAUAAGAUGGAGAGCAGUGGCAAGCCUGGUCGCGUACACAUCAGCAACAAGACCCUGCAAUACAUUGGCGGGGAGUUCGAGGUGGAGCCAGCGUAUGGGGAAAAGAGGGAAGACGCUCUGAGAGCCGCGGGACUCAAGACUUACUUUAUCUCCAAGGUCCUGCGCCCAUACAAACCACGGCCGUCACUUCAGAUGAUGAGGAAUGGUACCAAGAGCUCUUCGUCUCAACCUUCCCGGGACGUUCCCUCCGAAAACACAAUGGCCUCCAGGGACUCAACGACAUUCUCCACGGCGGACGAGGCCAGAAUCCUCAAGGCCCUGCAGGAAGGUAGACGUCCUGACUCCUCCUACAAACACAAGCUGAAGAGUGAACUAGUCAACCGCGAUGGCCGAAAGGACCUACUGAGCCAGACCAGCUGCCUCUCCCUGAGCUUCCGGGACAACAAGACAGAGCGCGCUUACCACCACCACCGCGAGACCUUCAGCGGCGCCGCCACCACCGCCGUGCCGCUGGUUGUGGUGUUGAUCGCCCUGGCCAGACUGCUCGUGAUGCCCAGGGCCGGUGGUGGAGUGGUGGUAUAUCUGCUGGCUGCUGUUCUGCUCAUCGCCAUGGCCUCAGUGUCUGCUGCUCGCUCCUUCCCAGUGAGAGUGUGUGAGGCCCUCCUGCAUGCCAGCGAUCGCGUGCAUUCGGUGGUGUGGCUGCGGGUCACGUGGUUUACCUCCCUGGUAGUGCUGGCCGCUACUGCAAACACUGUCGAUAUGUUCUUGUGCAGCGACCCGUUCACCGCCAUGGCCGCUGGUUCCGCCAACACCACAGAGGAGGACUUGCUGAUAGAGACAAAUGUGACCAACGCAACUGCCCAACUCACCGCAGACGAAGCGAGGGGAGCCAUGGCCUGCCCUCAUCCCGCCUACUACUCCUGCUUCUCCCUGCUCAUCCUGCUGGCUGCCUCCCUGUUGGCACAAGUGAGCUACAUGAUCAAGAGCGCGGUGAUGGUGGUGGUGGCGGCCGUCCAGUGUUCCAUGAACCUAUUGAUGCUGUGGAAACUGCAGCACAACAGCGACCAGGGGUACGUGUGGGAGCCUGUCAGUCUGUCGGUGGAGUUGAGUCUCAUCACUCUGCUCCUCAUCACCCUCAACAGACAGACAGAGAAAACCUCCCGUCUGUUGUAUCUGUGGCGGCGGGAGGUGGAGGAGCAGAGGGAACGUGCAGCAGACAUCAGGCAGAGGAAUGAAGCGCUGGUGUACAACAUUCUGCCGCAGCAUGUCGCAACUCACUUCAUGGGGAUCAGGAAAAAGAAACACGAGGAGCUGUAUUCCCAGAGCUAUGAGGAGAUUGGUGUCCUUUUUGCCUCCAUGCCCAACUUCAGUGAUUUCUAUUCUGAGGAAUCCGUCAACAACCAAGGCCUGGAGUGCUUGCGUUUCCUCAACGAGGUCAUUUCAGAUUUUGAUCAGUUACUAGAAGCAACUCAGUUUCAUGACAUCAUUAAGAUUAAAACCAUCGGCUCCACGUACAUGGCUGCCAGCGGCCUCAACCCUUCCCGUCAGGUGAAGGAGGACGACCCAGUGAAGGUGAGGUGGGCUCAUUUGGCUCUGCUGGUGGACUUUGCGUUUGAGUUGGUGCGAGCUCUGCAGUCCAUCAACGAGCAGUCCUUCAACCACUUUGUGCUGAGAAUGGGAAUCAACCAUGGACCCAUCACUGCUGGCGUAAUUGGUGCUCGAAAACCACACUAUGACAUCUGGGGCAACACAGUCAAUGUAGCCUCCCGCAUGGAGUCCACGGGGAAAGCAGGCUGCAUCCAGGUAACUGAAGAAACUACUAAGAUCCUGCAACACUUUGGCUAUGUGUUUGAGCAGCGUGGCCUCAUAGCAGUGAAGGGCAAGGGUGAGCUGAUGACCUACUACCUGGUGGGAAGGCUGCCAGCCCACAGCAAGUGAAUGGGGAGUCGCUGGACUAUUCCCGCGCUGAUGAGGAAACGAAAACUUGAGAACAUGAGGCUGUGUAACAAGUACCAGUAUGAGGUGACCCCCAUCACCCACCAGUCCCCAUAACCCCACCCGAGCAUGGCUGUAGAUUCUGCAGCCCUCUGCACUAUCACAACGUCAAGUAUUUCACUUAUAUACAUAUAUUUAUUUGCUUUAAACACACACACACACACACACACACACACACACACACACACACACACACACACACACACACACACACACAGCCUCGUGUCUCAAUGCUAAAAGGGGGUGAGUCUGUGUUGGCCGCCAUGGCUGCUAUAGAUUUGAAUUCCACUAGGGGCUGGUCACCUCUGGGAUUUUUCCGCCGAUAAGCUGAGCAGUUACUCUCUCCCAUGACCAGGAUGUGUGGUGUGUGAGCUCAGUCUUACCCGAAGAUCGGUAAUAAUGAACUCUAAGCUACCACUAAAAGGGUAACGGCUGGUACUUGCGAGUCCGCUCGUGACCUGGCUUUGUUGAGCGCACAUGUGCACACACACACACACACACACACACACACACACACACACACACACACACACACACACACACACACACACACACACACACACACACACACACACACACCACCACCACCACCACCACCACAACAACAACAACAACAACAAUUUUAGCUCAUAUCUUAGAUACUACUUUGUGAAAAGAUAAGUCUACUUUUUAUGUACAGUAUCUAUUUAGAUUACAUCUCUUCUAUAUACUAGUUCAUUAACGAAAUAGACUUUCAUUUGUACAUUCAAAAGUAGGAUUCACUAACAAAUGUACUUCAUCAUUUUGAAUCCACACAUUUAACAUUUAGUAACACUGAAGCCUUCUUCUUGAAUCACGACUUACCCUACAUUCCACAUGGGGCCAGAAGAGGCCAGCACAGUAACUGCUGGCCUGAACCUUUUAACAUGAACCAAGGUAGAUAGGAUUUGUUUUUAGAAGUGAUACACUUAUGUGGGAAACUUUAAUGAGGGGAAAAAUUAAAAGGCAUCUUCCACACAACACAAACCCUCAGCUGCACAAUUUGAUAAACAUGUGACAGACAGUUUUGUGUAUGCUUAAAGUUCAGAUUGAACAAACUGAUGUAAAGGAAGAUGCAUGUGAUUGUGAUACCAGUGAAUAUUUUUGAAAAGUUAUUUUUUUUCUGGGAAAGAUGUUAUUUAUGUCAGGUCUUGUAAAAUAACAUAAAGUCUGAAUCUUUAUUGACUAGUCAAAAUUUAUCAUUUUUUGACUAGAAGUGUUAUCUGUGAUUCGCUAGUGUAAAAUGUAACUGCCAACUGUUUUGAAUGAUUCUGCUCUUAUCUAAGGGUUGAAUCACAGAAUCUCUAGAAAAAUAAGACAGUGACUGCUGUAGUUAUUAUGACUCCAUGUGUGUCUGUAAAACAAUCCAUUGAUAUGUGUUGUCCUCUUCCCACUGAUGCUCCCUGAUGCUUGUGUUGUAUCAGCGUAAAUAAACGUGUCGAAUGUGACUGUAUAGAACCAGUUGAACUAUUAAAGCUUUGGAUGUCUUUCAUGCUGGGCCGGAGAAAGUACCUACUUAAGACUAUUCUCUGUAGUUGAGACAAAACUUGGGUCAUCCUUUCUUCAAAUUCACAUACUUUCCGCUUUACAGUGUUAGUGAACAGAAAAUGAUGUAUCAAAAUAAUAAAAUUUUCACAACAGCCUGUCUGAUGAACCAGGAUGCUCACAGGAGUCUGGAACUUACUCCGAGGACCAAUAAACCAAUCUCCCCAGCAUGAUGACACAAGAAGUAUAUGAGAAAACAAGCUAGAAAGAAGCUUCGAGGUUUUCAUUCACAUUGUAACACAUGUUGGUGCCCAAUGAGAGCAGCAGACACUUUGCUUAAUGACGGUGCAGAUCAGUACUCCAGAUAAGAGGUGCGCACAUGUUUCAUAUAUCUGCAGUUUGACCACUACUUUUAAUUAAAGAAGCAUUGCAUACACAGAGCCCGGUUGAUAUCAUUACACUACUUACUUUUUAAUUAAGUUGUGCAAGGUAAAAAAAGUUUAUUCACUGUAAGAAUCAGUUUCAUCAUCAUUAUUAUCAUUAUCUUUACAGUCACCAUCGCCAUCAUCUGCAUUAUCAGCACCGCCAUCAUCAUCAUCAUUUGUAAAAUAGGCACACAUACAAACCAUACACCUUUUAGCUCACACACCAGCUUCAUUAAGAAAGGUUUUCCAAAAUAAAUUAACACAGAACUACCUGUCCUAUUCCAAACUGGUCUUGUCAGCUUAUCAGAUUGAUUAGUUUAUUCCAGAAUCAAGCUUGAUGUCAAAUUGUUUCUCCUGUACAUUGGUUAAUACAAGUGAAAUAUCUCUUUAAUAUACUAGUAAUUUGAUAUUGAAGGGAUUCUCUCUUCUGGCGGAGACUGAUUAAUAAUUAUAAUUUGUAUUGAUAAUUUCAUGUCUAUCCAGUCAGUUGUUCCUUUACUUUUCCUUGUAGCAUUCACGUUCUAGAAGCCAUUUCAUAUUAAUCAGAAGAAAUCUGAUACUUUGAAUUUUCAGCUAUAGAUCUUGGGAGCAUCAAACCAGGGACCACAGGUUGCAAGAGCAAUCAUUGUAGUCACUUGCUAAAAGUGACAUAUCUCUUAGCUAUAGGUAACACCAGGUAAUUGGGCAAAUAGCCUUAUAAACAACUAUAUCGAUAUAUAUGUAUGUAGUACAUGAUCCUGUGAAAAAUUUUGUUAUGCAAAGCAUUCUGACUGGAAUUUUGUUUGAUAUUUGUCUUGUAACUGAAAACUAAAAUUGUAAUCAGCAUAACCAUGAAGAUAUGAAUUUCACUGUUGCACAUGUGUUUUAGCAAAGCUAUGUAGCAUUUACAAACUUCCACUAUUACAUUAUAUAGAACUUUGAACUACAAUCCAACUCAGAUAAUGUCCUAACUUUCAGCCUUCAGGAUGUUUUCAUUGAUACUCCAAACACUGACUUAUCAUUGUUUAAUUCUGAUACAAACUGUCUGCUUACCAAGGGUGUAGUUUAUCUUAUCAAAAUUUAACAUCUAUCACUUUAUUAUCAGGAGCAACUAGCCUUUGGGAAUCAAAUGCUGAAGCAGAUUAUGGAAGAUAAUGCUGUAAGUACAAAGAUAUUCAUAGAGGUGAGGUACACAUACAUAAUUAGCUAGGUUAGUUUUAAAUAACCAAGUUAUUACUGAAAGAGGUUGGCCCAUCAUGUGUAAUGUCUUUUGUUUUGAAACCAUGAAAAAAAACUUACUCAAAUAAUCAAGUGUGUGUAGGAUACAUGGAAAUCAAACUUGUGAUAGUAAGAAAUGAGUUGAUGUUGAUGGUGGUCACUGAUUCAUUUAGCUAAUAUUAACAUUUUAUUCACUUCAUUAUUUCAUUUGCCAAGAGGCAUUUGCCAUAACCUUGCAGGUAUAUAUACAACAUUUCUUCAAAAUUAAACAAUUCCUGAAAUGUUUAAUGUGGAAGUGAUAAGAGAGCGAUGGUGUUUCAAAGUAGUAUCAGCCUUGCACCUAUUUUUGUCACAAAGAUUCAUGGUGGUUUCAGACCCUGCAACCACGAACACCCAAAGCUUUCUACUUCUCUCCACCGCACAGGCCAGGCACAGGCCACCGCACAGGUGCCUUAGUGCCCCACAAUAAGUCUUCCUUAGUGCCUGUUAGUAACCAUCCUCUCACCGGGUUGCAAGGAGUACAUUAAGGGUACAACAGGCUGACCUUGAUAUCAUUCGCUUGAAGAACGUGUUAGUGCUGACCGCGUACAGAGCAGUAAAGUCCGUAGAUUUACAAACUUUCCAUGUAAGAAAUCCAAGAACUGGAAUGACGUAAAGAAAAAAAAAAAAAACAUACAUUUCUUCGAUGAAACAUUACAAAUAUCCUCCAUCAGACACAUCACAAACGUUUCUCUUCCUCCAUGGGCCCAAAUACCGUUCCACUUCCAAAAUAAAUAGAUAUGUUGAAAAAAAAAAAAAUGGCGUCAGUUAGACACCACAGGCAUUCACCCUCACCCCCCACAAGAUAUACAGGUCCAUUAUUCAGUGAUCUUUGCUGCGGCGUUGUGGUAAUCAACAGUGUUUAGUACAGGAGCAAUGUUACAAUUCUGACCAAUGACGAAGUUAGUUUUUAAUAAUGAUGGUAUGCUGGCCAUCGUCUCCCCAAAGUGCGGGCGCCAACAACGGUUAGCAUUCCAGUGGAAGACAAGACGGUGCCGAGGUAUGCAGACGCGGCAUCCAAUCAAUAUUCAAAUUCAAUAAGCAUAUGGUGGGUUCUUCGCGGGAGGUGGGGUGACAUAUCGGUGGAAAAAGUAUAUACUAUUUUUUGAGAAUAUUUAGACUAUUUUUGUACAUAGCAUCUCUCUAUUUCUAUAACGGCUGACUUCAUGACAACCCUUCAAGGUAUAUUUAGGUAGGCAGGUGUCCCCGUAGCGUGGCGUGUCAUGGCUGCGGAGUGCAGAACCCUGCGCCCUGCCUCGGGCAAACACUAAUGAGGUGGGCCGGGGCAGCUGUUCCAGAAUACCACAGUGAAAAAUCUGUAUACAUGAAUUAUCCUGUGUAUUUCCUCACGAAGUAUGUAUACAAUAUGUAUAUGAGUAGGUUGUAAAUGUGUACUGCAGAACCAACAAUGUAGAUGAUUGUGUUAACGUCGUCAGCUGCUUCUUGUUCCUUUUCACGCGCAACCUGAGGUUGCUUGUGGUUCGUUAAGUGUCGCGAGAGUGUAAUAAAGUCAUGUGGCUCCA